GAGAAAGGCACCAAGGUGUAAAUUCCCCGGAGAAACUGUUGAGGUGGGGUGGAAACUGCAAUGAGCGAGGGAGAGAGAUUGCUUCAUCUAGAAAACAAAAUAGUAAAGUUGAAAGCAAGUAGUUUACAGUUAGGAGCUUUCAAGUUUCUAGAAUAGACUGCCUUAUAGACUAUUCGAGCUGGAAAGGGUCUUCCAUUCUCAUUUCACAAAGAAGCAAAUUGAGAUAGAGAGAGGGAAGUGCCAGCUUCCAAAGUCUUAAUUAGGGAGGGCCGGAGUGCCCGCGGCUCUUUCUCCAUCUUUUCAGUGCACUGGGCCAGAGGAAACGGGAUGAGCCUGCAGGAGAGAGGAAAAACUUCCUGACUGUCAAGAGUAGAAGGUCUGGAAGGGGGGUGGGGCGGGAAGAGUGAGGAGUGUGUCCAUCCCAGGAGACCACCUUCUGUCUGUCCAAGCUAAGAAAGGAUUUUAUUGGCGGAGGUCAGUCAGUGACCUCUAGGGAAAGUCCCUUUAAAUCCUGCUCUUUCUAACCAGAGGCGAAUCUCCAAGGUACACGUGACCGACCCCAGGGGUAUUUUUUCAGUGCUUAGGGCCAAGCCUGCUCUCCACAGAGGACGGAGGAGGGUCGGGUUGGGGUGGAGUCUGGGCGGAGCCCCGGCGGAGCCCCUCCCCAGUAUUCCCUCUCCACCCCCGCCAGUCUAUCCUCCUGGGAACCCCUACGGCGGAGUGGAGCCUGCGUCUCUCCAAGUUCGGCUUCAGUUUCCUCCAGGGGUCACGAGGGAGAGAGAUAAAGACUGGGGGAGGCGGUGCUGAUUCCCAGGGAGGGCACAGCACUCCAGCCGCUGGGGGCUCGAGUCCCGAACCCUUCACCCAGAGACUGCGGGAAGCGCUGCUGAGUCAGCAGCGCGCGCUCCCGACCCCUCGGCCUGUGCACUCCUGGUCUCUGUCUGGGUCCCUCCCUCAGAAUCCUCUCCUUCCCCCUUCUCCCAACAGAGCGACUUGGUUAACCCCUUUUUACCCUGAACCGAUUGAGGCUGGGGGAGGAGGAGGCAGAAUUGGUAUCAGGGGUGGAAGUAGAGGUGGAGGUACGGGGAAGUAAUCCUUACGCCUAGCCUAGAGCUCCCGGGCUUCCCGUCCCUCCAUUCCCUCCCUCCACCCCCCCCUCCGCCAUCCAGGAUUCAACUUCCCAGCCCGAGUUUUAGGGGGAGUUUUGAACUUGAAAAUUCUGAUUUUGAUUCUUGCCCUCCGUAGCCUUAAGUGCUUGCCUCAGUUUCCCCCGUCUGGAAAGGAGGUAGGCAUGGGCAGAGAGCAAUGUUUUCUUCCUUCUGCAGAAGAUCGAGGGAAACACCCUUCCUACUUAGGCCGGCCGUAGUACCGAGAAAGCUUUCUCACACCUGCCCCUGGGACCAAGGCACAGAUCUCUCGUGGGAUCAGAAAGAAGUACCCUGAACUCCCUCUAGGCUACCUAUCUUUUUGUCCCCCAAGCGCCUUAUCCCCCUGCUACUGGGGAAGCUACUGCAAGAAGAGCCCUCUUCCAUGUUUUUUUUUUCAGCUUGUCAUUUUAUUUUUUUAAUUUAAUUUUUUCCAUUUAAAAAAAAAGCAAAACGACCUUCUCUCUCUCCCUCCUCCCCUCCCCCUCUGAAAAAGAGGGGGUAAAAAACCUUGUAACAAAUAUGCAUAAUGAAAAAUACUCAUAAACAAAAUGCUGUAUUUGCCAUGUGCAGAAAAUAUCUCUCAAUCUACACCCUGAAUCCAUCACUUUUCGCGCCCCCCUCAUCAAGUUCAAGCUCUUUGAGAGGGAAGUUGAAGGGUUAAAAGGAGAGCGUGGAGGCGGGGCGGUCUUGGCGUCGAACUCCCUGCUCAGGACCUCAGAGACCGGGGCGUGGUUAACAUCUCUUCGCUCCUUUUCUCAUUCGCCUUUGCCCGCCCCUCCCGGCUGUCACUAAGCCAGGGGGCACAUGAUGCAACCCGCCGCUACCUCCAACACCCAAUUGGCUGAAGCUCCCGGCGCCAGGCACCGGAAUUGGUCGGAAGAGUCUGUGACGACUUCCAGACCCUGCCUUGUUCUGGGAGAGGGGAGGAGAGAAAAAAGAAGGGAAGAGGGGGGAGGCAAAAAGAAUCGCGCGGGGGGGGGGCGGGGGGGGCGGAGCCCAGGAGCUGCGCUCGCGCCCCCCGCGCUCCAGUCCCGGGGCUGCAGGGAGCGCAGCGCGCGCGGCCCGGGCCCCGGACACCGGACGCUGCACCGGACACGACCGUCCCUGGAGCUUGGAUAACUGCCCACUUUGGACACCGCACCGGACACUGCCCCCCACUGGGCCGGACACCACAACGGACACUACUUCCCAGCCCCGGACAUUGCUACCUCCUCCCCCCCGGGCUGGAGUGCCCCCCCCCCAGACCGAGAUACUGAAUCUCCUUUUGGCUCUGGAUAGAGUCCUACUGCACCCCAACCUCAGACCCUGCCCUAUACCUCCACCUCUCCUGGCCCCGCACGCUGCCUCCUUCUUCCUUGGCUCAAGUCCCGCGACCUGACUGUUUCCUCGAAUCCCCACCCCCCACCACCAACCCCUCCUGCGGCUGGACAAGGCCGCCUGCGCCCCCGAGCUCCCUGCUGCCCGGAUGCCUCUCCCGGGGGGGCUCUGGUGGCUCCUUUGCUGCCGUCGGGGCUUCACACUACUGCGGAGGGACUACGGGGACGGGGAGCUUGGCGGCGACGCGGACGAGGACGAAGACGAGGAGACCUUUGAGCUUCGGACCCCGGGUUCGGCUAGCUGCGGGAGAGGCCCACUGGAGGUGACGCUAACACAGCCCGGGAGAAGCGGGCCGGGUUCGGACAGGCUGCAGGGAUCAGAGGAGACGAGAAGCCUUAUACCCGAGCGCGGUCCCCCUGAAGAGGAGCCGGACAUUAUCGUCAAAGGUUGGCUGCAGCGGGAGCCUCGGGGAGGGGGGGCGCGGCCCUGGCUGCCCCCCCGCAGGUCCUGGUUCGUGCUCACUCGUGACUCCUUGGACCAGUUUAGUGGGAGCGGCCGCGGGGCCCGGCGACUGGGAAGCCUGGUAUUGACCAGUCUGUGUUCUGUGUCGGGCCCUGAGCGAAAGCCCAAGGAAACAGGCCUCUGGUCAGUGACGGUGUCAGGCCGCAAACACAGUGUCCGGCUCUGCUCUUCUCGGCUAGCCGAGGCAGCGCGCUGGGGUGCAGCACUUCGGAGUGUGAUUGCAGGGAAGGCGCCCCUAGAGACCCCCACCCAGCUCCUACUUCGGGAUAUUCAGGAGAGUGGUGGAGACUCUGAGGCUGUGGCCCUGAUUUAUCGACGGAACCCAAUCUUGAGGCACACAAGCAGUGCCCUGUAUGCCCCACUCCUGCCUCUGCCCUAUGGGGUUGGUCCUCCAGGUCCCCAAGGCCAGUCUGAUCUACCUCCAACCUCCCCACCCCCCACCCCCCUCGCUUCCCCACCAGGUCCGGGCUAUGCGCCACUUCGAGAGGAGGCGGUCCGGCUGUUCUUGGCCCUGCAGGCCCUCGAGGGGGCGAGGCGCCCGGGGCCGCUGAUGCAGGGCGUGCUCCAGACCUGCCGGGACCUGCCGGCGCUCCGGGACGAACUCUUCCUGCAGCUGGCCAAGCAGACUUCGGGCCCCGCAGGGCCCCCAGAGUCCCCCGCCCCUAACAGCCCGGCUGCCCUGCGAUACUGGCAGCUACUCUGCUGCAUGAGCUGCACCUUCAGGCCUGGGGGGGCCGUUCGGGGGCAUCUACUGGGCCACCUGGAGAGGACAGAGAAAGCCUUUCCUGACACCGAGCUGGCUGAGUAUACGCGCUUCAUCAGGAAGGCUCUGGGGCGGACUCGGGGCAGGGAGCUGGUGCCGUCUUUGGCCGAAAUCUCAGCUCUCAGCCAGCGUCAGGAGCUUCUGUGUACGGUGCACUGUCCAGGAGCAGGAGCCUGUAGCGUGGCCAUUGACUCACACACUACUGCUUCAGAGGUGGCGCGGGAGCUCGUAGGGCGGCUUGGCUUGGCUCGGAGCCGAAAUGCGUUCGCGCUCUACGAACAGAGGGGCUCACAGGAGCGGGCCCUGGCUGGAGGGGCCCUAGUGGCUGACGUGCUCACCAGGUUUGAGAAUUUGACUGCAGAGGACGCAGAAUGUUCGGAUUCGAGCUGGAGGCUGUGUUUGCGCCUCCACGGACCUCUGCAUCCCGAGGGCCUGCCUCCAGACGGGCAUGAACUACCUUUCCUAUUUGAGCAGGCCCACGCUCUGCUGUUGCGGGGCCGGCCGCCCCCACCCGAAGACACGCUGAGGGCCUUGGCCGCCCUGCGCCUACAAAGUCUCCACCGUGACUUCUCUCCUCUGGCUCCUCUUCCUCGUCUAGACCGCCUGCUGCCCGCUUCAGCCCUGACCCGAGAAAGCCCACCCCGCCCAGCCCCUAGAGCUCCUCCUACCGCCGCCCUGCUGGCCGGGGCGUUCUGGAGUCCAGGCUUAGCCAAGAGGAGGGCAGAGCGGGCCAGACGUGGGGGCACGGUCCGGAGUGGGAGUCCCGGGGCCCGCGAUGGGGGAAGCGCUGGGGCUGCUGCGGCUGUCCUGGGAGGGUGGAAGCAGUUGCGGGGAAUGGGCCAGGCCGAGGCGAUGGCGACCUACUUGGCUGUAGCCGCACAGUGUCCAGGUUUCGGUGCUGCCCGGUAUGACGUCCUGGAACUGAGCACGGAGACUGGGGGUGGUGUCCCACAGCAGCUCUGCCUUGGAGUGGGGGCCAAGACCAUGUCCCUGUCUAGACCAGGGGAGACCGAACCCAUCCACAGUGUCAGCUAUGGUCACGUGGCAGCCUGCCAGCUGACUGGUCCACACACUCUGGCACUAAAGGUUGGGGACAGUCAACUGCUCCUACAGAGCCCCCAGGUGGAAGAGAUCAUGCACCUAGUGAAUGCCUACCUGGCUAGCUCCACUCCUGACAGAUCCUGCAAUCUUGUCACCCCACCAGACCUGCCAACAACACCCUCUCCUGUCAGCCAGAAUCCAGGCCUUGAUGACCACCAAGUAUAAUCUGGCUGUUUUGGUCAGCAGCAGCUGCGAGACUUGGGGAUGUGGUAGAAUCAUGGCUUGCCUAUACAUGAAUAUCUAUCAUAGUACCUGAGCUUUGGACUGCUCUGGGAUUUGAGAACCACUGACUCACCCUACCACACACACUAGCCCUGCGGGGACAGGGCCCCCUUGUCAUCUCCUUCUCCCUGCACUCAGGGGCCAGGAUUUUGACAGGCACGGACAAUUUUCUAGUAUGUUUCUUAAUUUAUUUGUAGAAGAAAAGAAAAAAAAUCUUUAUUUACACAAACUCUUCCUAUGAGUGAUGUCAGUAGCCCAUGACUGCCUUAGUCUAAGCUGUGACCCAUGGUUCCUCCCUUGGGAUCAGGCCCCACCUCCCACCCCCAUGUUCUGGGCUUUUGCCAGGAGCCUGGACACCACUGGGGCACCACCCAUCUUGACCUUCUGACUUUAACCCCUGACAGCCCAAGAUGCUGCCUCAAGGGUAGUGGGUGGAGCAAUAGGCCAGUAGCAGAAGCUGAUAAUUACUUCCCCUUCCCCUCUCCUCGGGUGUGGGGGCGACAUUUUGGCGUCCCCGAGGCUGGAGGGAGGCUGAGUCACCAGCAUUGACACUUUCAAAUUCCUGCACAGGUGUCCAGUCUCUCCCCACACCCUGUGAUCAUGAUCAGCAUCCCUGCUGGUCCAUCUCUAGCACCUCUGAUCUCUCCUUAUUAGAAAAAAGGUCAGGGAAGUACUAACACCAUAUGCUGAAGGGAAACACUAGAUUGGGAAGGGGUGUCAAAGGCAUGGAUGGGGACACAGUGGGUAGCCCCAUCAAUGAGAGGAAGUUCGCUUGGUAUGUGGUCAGCCUUUUCCCCUUUGUUGUUGUUCAGCUGUUUUGCAGUCAUGUCCAAGUCUUCAUGAGCCCAUUUGGGGUUUUCUUGGCAGACACUG